AUGACUCCGCAGGCGUUUUGUUGCGAUAAGAUCAGGUCUACGACUUUCGAAGCUGAAGACUACCGACUCGGACUCUUCAUCAACUGGGCAAAAGCAAAAGACAAGAGAGCGCCAACCAAAGACAAGAACCUAGGACUCAAUGUCCCGUUUUGCGUCCAAGUGUUUCAGAGGCCCAGCCUCAGGUCAACCCGACUCUUUGUACCAACCGGCUGGUGCGAAUUUGCUGAGAUCGAUCGGAAAUUGCUCGGGGCGCCAUGGGUGUCACAUGGACCGUCACAUUACCAGUGCAGGAUUCAUCGCACGGCCUAUCGGGUUACAUUUUACGAAAGAAGUGUCAAAUCCCCGACCUUGCCUCCAACAGCUUCUACGAGCUCCAAUAUCAAAGUUCCCGAUCAACGUGGCCGUGGAGACGCUUCCUCGUCGACAGCAAUUAACGAACCGACCAACGUCGCGGGAAAACUAGACGCUUCAACAAACCCAUCAGCAGAGAAUGACCACACAGAAAGCCCAGCUACGGAUGCCAAGUAUCAUAUGGAGUACAUUGCUUCGUUGGCAAAUAUGCCUGCGGGCCAAUAUGUCCUUGACUUAAUUAAGUGGGCAAGAAAUACGAUGCGGCUUAACGAGGUCUCCCUUUCUACCGAAGCCGAGAUUCUCAAAAUAUGUUUUUUUCGUGAUCUGCGCAAGUUGAGAGCCUCUAUGGAUCAUAAUAUCUCCCUCUGGAUGCUGUUGACGACAGCAGAUCCAAUUGCUAAGCUCUUGAUGAGCUGUAGCCCUUCCAACUCUUAUACCAAUGAUGACAGAGCGAAGAUACUCCAAGCUACUGCAGCCGCUGUUAAUGUGGUGCAUUGCCUCGCCAUUGGUCAGUAUGAGGCCCAAGAUGGUAACCCUCCUGACUUUAUCGAUAUUUUCCAAGAGCUUUGUCGACAACAUCCGGAUGAUGAAUAUCUGACUUCACUGGUGAAUCGUGCCGUUGCGCAACUACGGGAAAAUAUUGAAGCAGAAGAGGAAGAGCAGAAUAAGGCGGGACUGGCUGAGAGGAUGGUGUAUCCAUCAGUCAACGAAGAUGAUGACUAUGAUCAGUGUGAAUUGUCUGCGUGA